UUAUAUCAAUAAAUAAAAUAUAAGUGUCCCCAUACACAGGUUCUUACUGUAAAUCAGAAUGCUUAUUAAGGCUAAUUUUAUGUUUAACCAAGCUUAUGCCAAAGUUCAGCCAAAUGCCAGUGCCUCCCUCCUGUUUGGCAAUUCAUACCUACAACAGAUCUCAACUGAGUGAUCAUAUUUAGUUUUCAUCCUUUGGCUGAUCAGACUAGUCAGUAGUCAGUGAAAUAAACGCCUUUUGCAGUUUCCCUCGUUUGGACUAUGAGCACUGGAAAAUGUCCGUUGCUGUCUGUGAAGCCCAUUCGAGGUCUGGUGGACGAGAGGUUUCAGAUUGUCGUUAUGAACUUAUUGCCAAAUCAGAAGGUGACGCUACAUGCUUUACAUGAGUCAGAAGACAAAGACUUCUGGGAGGCUUUUGGGCACUACAUCAGUGAUCUACAUGGGACAGUGACAGUGUCCAAAGAUGAAAGUUUGGGAGGCACUUAUGAAGGGACAGAGGCCAUGGGGUUGCUGUGGAGCAUGAGGCCUGUACCAGGAAGCCGAAGUGGACUUAGAUUGCGUAGGGUGGACAUACUUACACCAAUGGUAGUCCACAUUUCAGUGUACAGUGGUCAUCUAUCUCAAGGCUUCAGCCAGCAAACAGCUUUGGCAACCAGUGUCACAGAGCGCUGGUACAUCGCACCAGGAGUGCAGAGGGUGGAUGUUAGAGAAAGAGGACUGAAAGGAACUUUAUUUAUUCCUCCAGGUCCAGGACCUUACCCAGGAGUGCUGGACCUGUGGGGAGGAGGCGGUGGUUUAGUUGAGUAUCGCUCUGCACUGUUUGCAUCUCAUGGCUUUGCCUCACUGACAGUAGAGUACCUGAAUCCCAAUGAUAAGAAAAUAGCAAGUGUUGCUACAUCUUACUUUGAGGAAGCAUAUCGGUUCUUGCAGAAUCAUCCCAAGGUACAAAGGGACCACAUGGCUCUGGUUGGACUCUCAUAUGGAAGUUCAAUCACACUUAGCAUGGUGGCCUACUCUAAUAUCAUCAAGCCCCAGUGCUGUGUGUGUAUCAGUGGAAGUCAUCUGGUUCCUCUUGAUAAACCAAUAAACAAAAUCUUUCAGAAGAUGAAAAUAAACGCAGACAAGUUACCUUUGAAUGAAGACAACCAAUUGAUCAACAAAGACUUAAUGCUGCCGAUUCCCUCAGACCCAGCUCUCAAAGUGGAUGUUGGAAAAAUAAAGUGUCCGCUUUUGUUGGUGAUUGCCGGUGAUGAUCAGAGCUGGCCUUCUGUUGAAUCUGCUGAAGAUAUGAAGCUGAUAAUGGAGAAAGCAGGAAAUCUUCACUUGUUGAAAGUCCUGACAUAUCCUGGUGCAGGUCAUCUGAUCGAACCUCCUUACACACCUCACAUCCGUGCAAGUAACUUCAUAAAUCUACACCAUAAGAAAGUUGUCUUGCUUUGGGGUGGACAAACCAAACCACACGCAUACGCACAAGAGAAUGCAUGGAAAGAAAUAUUAGCAUUUCUACGGCAGCAGCUUUAUUACAGUACAGAUGAUGUAGUUAAAUCCAGACUUUAGUUGUAUGAUUACAACAGUGUCAUGAGCAAUGAAAUGUCUCUAAAUAGACCUUUAAUGUUUAUUAUGAUUUAAAGCAUUUUGAAAUAUGCUGUAAAUAAGGCACUCCAAAUGGCACAACAGCAUGUAACAGUACAGUUCCAUAUGGUUUGAAAAUAUAUAUUUUAACGAAUGUCAUCAAAGGAAAUGGAGAUAUUUUCAUAUAUUAAAUGAUAAAGGACAUAUUAUAACAUACAGAACAUGUUACUAUUGGCACUAUUGUAACAUUUCCAUUCUCUUCUUCUGUCACAGCAGAUCCUAAUUGUUCAAUGCAAAUAAAUGAUCAUUCUUAGUGUAGUGUACUGAAAAGCAUUACAAAAAGUUAUUGAAAAUCUGUAAUUAGGCUUUACAAUGCAUUAAGUUGACUAUCAGCAAAUACUGUUGAAAAUGAAAGUGAUACACUAUCAUAAGAUGGAAAGUCAAAAAUUAAACAGGGUUAACAUUUUUAGCAUUGAUUGAAUAUUAUCAGUUGCUUCUCAGUGAUUCUGAGGCCUAGCCCACACAUACACGGGUAUUUUAAUAAACAGAGUUUUUUAAGGAUGACCAUACAUGCCAUUUUCCCUGGACACAUCCUGACCAGGAUUUCGGGUGUGUCCUCUUGUGGAAGUCGCAUUUGUAGACUGCAAACGAUUGAUACAAAUUUUGAAGUAUGGGUCUGAGAAUGUGUGAGAUAUAUUAAGGUUUAAUGUAACGUCAUGCAUACUGUAUAGUUGUAUUUAUAUCAAUAAAUAAAAAUACUAUCCCCAUA